AUGUGGAGUUCUUUGGCCUCUUGUUCGUUCCAAAUGCCUCUGCUUUCACCGCCGAACAUAAAGGCCGCACUGGGAACCUGUCCCCGGUUUCUCCUGUCCUCCCCGGCCUUCACAACUGCCUUCCGACUUCUCCCGCGCAUUCGAGUCUUCGGCCCAGACUGCUCCAACUAUACCCCGUUGCAAUCCAAUCACAGGCGCUCGGAUCCCCGACUAGUCCCCAAGGUCAGACAUAGCAUCCCUUUGGCCAUCUCUGCCAGCGUCGUCACGAUGGGUUAUAAAGAGCAGCGAGACCCCGUCAUUCGAACAGCAAGCCCCGCCCCAUUAGCCCAAGACUUUGCCCGUCAGCAGCUAUCCAAACAACAGCGUUCCAACUACCACUCUUCUUCCCUUUCUUCUUCCAUCCCAUCCAAAAUGGUUUCCCAAAGCGUCAACAAGACCAAUCUCCACCCGACCGGUGUCCAGCCGUCGAAUAAGGACCACACCGAGAUUGAGGAAGAACUCCACGACCGCGCACACAUCGACUACGACCGCGUGGCUAUUGUCGCCAAUCCAUCAGUAGCAGCUCUCUACGAGGAUGCGCUAGUAUACGAGUCGGGCUCAGCCAUCACAUCAAGUGGUGCUCUUUCAGCAUAUUCGGGUGCCAAAACUGGCCGUUCGCCCUCGGACAAGCGCAUCGUAGAAGAAGAUUCGUCAAAGAAGGAUGUCUGGUGGGGUCCAGUGAACAAACCCAUGUCGACUGAUGUCUGGCGUAUUAAUCGCGAGCGUGCAAUUGAUUACCUGAACACCCGAAACCGCAUCUAUGUCGUCGAUGGCUUUGCCGGAUGGGAUGAGCGCUACCGAAUCCGCGUCCGUGUCGUCUGCGCGCGUGCCUACCAUGCUCUCUUCAUGCGCAACAUGUUGAUUCGCCCGUCAAAAGAAGAACUCGAGCACUUCAGUCCCGAUUAUGUCAUUUACAAUGGUGGUGCUUUCCCAGCCAACAGAUACACUGCCGGUAUGACUUCGUCAACAUCCGUUGCCAUCAACUUUGCCGAGAAAGAGAUGGUCAUUCUAGGAACUGAGUACGCUGGAGAAAUGAAGAAGGGUAUUUUCACCGUCUUGUUUUACGAGAUGCCUGUCAAACACAACGUCUUGACACUCCACUCAUCUGCGAACGAGGGCCAGAAUGGCGAUGUCACCGUGUUCUUUGGCCUGUCUGGAACCGGUAAGACAACUCUCUCAGCUGACCCCAAGCGUGCCCUCAUCGGUGAUGAUGAGCACUGCUGGAGCGACAAGGGUAUCUUCAACAUCGAGGGAGGCUGCUAUGCCAAGUGCAUUGGUCUGUCAGCUGAGAAGGAACCCGAUAUUUUCGGCGCCAUCAAGUUCGGUGCCAUUCUUGAGAACGUUGUCUUCGACCCGGUAUCACGUGCUGUUGACUACGACGACGACACUUUGACCGAGAACACCCGAUGCGCGUACCCCAUUGAGUACAUCGAGAACACCAAGAUUCCUUGCAUUUCCGACAACCACCCCAAGAACAUCAUUCUCCUCACCUGCGAUGCCCGCGGUGUGCUACCUCCCAUCUCGAAGCUCAGCAAGGAGCAGACCAUGUACCACUUCAUCUCCGGUUACACCUCUAAGAUGGCUGGAACCGAGCAGGGUGUUACUGAGCCCCAGGCUACUUUCUCUUCUUGUUUCGCUCAGCCUUUCUUGGCUCUGCACCCUAUGCGCUACGCUAAGAUGCUCGCGGAGAAGAUUGAGGAGCACAAGGCCAAUGCCUGGCUCUUGAACACUGGCUGGGUUGGUGCUGGUGCUACCACUGGCGGAAAGCGCUGCCCACUCAAAUACACACGUGCCAUCCUCGAUGCCAUCCACUCCGGCGAACUCGCACAAUCCGAAUACGAAACCUACGAAACCUUCAACCUCUCCGUCCCCAAGACUUGCCCCAACGUCCCCGACGAGUUGCUUAACCCCGCCAAGUCAUGGAACGGCACAGCAGACUUCAAGGGCGAAGUCGAGAAGCUCGGCAAGUUGUUCAUGGAGAACUUCCAGAAGUACGAAGACGAGGCUACGACUGAUGUCGUCAAAGCCGGUCCUCACGUAUGCUGCUGCCCCAAGCACUGAUUGUUCUUCUGAUUUUUUUCCUUGUUCAUCUUUUGCGGUUGGGUUUUCAUCUCACGACAUGACAGAUUGCAUAAACAUAUCGCCUUUUCUCCAUUUCUCAGCUCAACGACCCGUCAUCCGGUCGACUGCUGCAUGAUUUCUUUUCUCGGUGUCGAACAUGCGACGAACCCUGUUUUCUUUGGUAUUUAUAGGCUUUCAUCAUGUUUCUUCUUCUUUGUUUCGUAUCAUUGCUAUAUUCUCCUUUUCUGGAUGUAUUUCGUUCAUUGUCUUUGGAGGUCUUGUCGGCCUUUGUAUCUAUCACUCAAAAUCCGGAUGGUUGGACCGCGGAAGAGAUUGUAAUUGCAGAUUGCAUUUGAC